GCCGCGCUGGCAGGCGCUCCGGCGCUGAGCGGCGCUACCUAGGCUCUGCUCGGCUCCGGCUCGACUGCAGCUCCUGUGGGGGUGGGCGGCGGGGGUGGCAGCGGCUGCGGCGCGGGACUGCGAGAGCGGCUAGCGAGCCGGGGGAAGAGGAGGAAGUAUAGCCGCGGCCCGGAGCUCUGGAGUCAGCUGCCGCGCCGGGGACCGCCCCAUUUUGCAGAGCGAGCCGAAUCCGAACCUAAGAAGACUUCCCCGCCGGGCUCCGCGCCUCCUCGCCGGCGCCCUGCCCUGCCCCGCCUGUCCCAGCCCCGGGUUCCGCCGGGACGCUCCCUGCCCUGCGGUCCGGGGCGUGUGGCCGGGACGCCCCGAGCCCCCGACCCUGAUCCAGUGCACCGGAGAGGGACGCUCCUGGCCCACCAUACGGCUCUAGGGUUAAGGGCUCAUUCCCAGCCUUUCUAUAGUGUGUGUUGGAGCCCCCAGCCCUCCGACCGCGGUUAAGGCGGGGUGCCCCCAGCCCCCUGACUGAGUGCAAAGCAGCCCGGACGCCUCCAGACUCUGGUUCCCCGAAACCCGAACCUUCAGCUGCCUCCGAUCCGGUGCUUCGGACUUGGGACCGUGCGAACAUUCAGGAAACCCCGGCCCGAGUUCAGCGCCCCGUGAGGGGUCCAAGGCGGGCUGGAUACUCGGACUGAACCAAACCGGGCUGGUGCUUCGAGUCGAAGCUGCCACCUGCCUGCCGCCCCAGGCGAGGGGCUGAGCGCUUGCCCCCAAGAGAACACAAGAGAGAGCCGAGAAGUGCAGAGACCAAAUGGGGCCGUGCGCAGAAAGCACCGGUGCAGUGCCGGACACGUCGGCAGUGCGCAGUAGAAGGUCACAGACAGUGGCAGAGCCUGCUGGACUCAGACCCUGGACCCCCCUGCAGUGCUCUCUCUAGUGCCCCAACCACCUGAGGCUGGCGGGGGAAGGAUCAACACCCAGUCUUGGGGCCCUUCCCAUCCCCCUUCUCUCUAAGAGCUCUCCCACUGACGUGACAUCACCACCUCGGUGGACAGGACCCCCCAGGAGCCCGGCUCACAGCCACUGGUGCCUUCUUCCAGGACCAGCCGGGGGCCUCCAUGGGCAUCUGAGAGCAGGGCGCCAGGGCCGCGGGCGCGAGCAUGGUGAGACACCAGCCCCUGCAGUACUAUGAGCCGCAGCUCUGCCUCUCCUGCCUCACGGGCAUCUACGGCUGCCGCUGGAAGCGCUACCAGCGCUCUCACGAUGACACCACACCGUGGGAGCGCCUCUGGUUCCUGCUCCUCACCUUCACCUUCGGCCUCACGCUCACCUGGCUGUACUUCUGGUGGGAAGUCCACAACGACUACGAUGAAUUCAACUGGUACCUCUACAACCGCACGGGCUCCUGGAGCGACUGGUCCGUGCCCAUCCUCAUGACCACAGCAGCCGCCUUCACUUACGUCGCAGGCCUCCAGCCCUGUGGGCCCCCUGUUCAGGUCCUGGCACUAUGUCACAUUGCCGUGGGGCAGCAGAUGAACCUGCACUGGCUGCACAAGAUAGGGCUGGUGGUCAUCCUGGUGGCUACAGUGGUGGCCAUGUCAGCUGUGGCCCAGCUGUGGGAGGACGAGUGGGAGGUGCUGCUGAUCUCCCUGCAGGGCACAGCGCCGUUCCUGCACAUGGGGGCCCUGGUCGCCGUCACUGCGCUCUCCUGGAUCGUGGCAGGACAGUUUGCCCGCGCAGAGCGAUCCUCCUCCCAGAUGGCCAUUCUCAGUACCUUCUUCACCGUGGUGUUUGCCCUCUACCUGGCCCCUCUCACCAUCUCCUCUCCCUGCAUCAUGGAGAAAAAGGACCUGGGUCCCAAACCUGCCCUCAUCGGCCACCGCGGGGCCCCCAUGCUGGCCCCAGAGCACACGCUGAUGUCCUUCAGGAAGGCCCUAGAGCAGAAGCUGUAUGGACUCCAGGCUGACGUCACCAUCAGCCUGGAUGGCGUGCCCUUCCUCAUGCACGAUGCCACUCUGCGCCGCACCACCAACGUGGAGGAGGAAUUCCCGGAGCUCGCCCGCAGGCCCGCCUCCAUGCUCAACUGGACCCUGCUGCAGAGGCUCAAUGCUGGCCAGUGGUUCCUGAAGACGGACCCCUUCUGGACGGCCAGCUCCCUGUCACCAUCCGACCACAGGGAGGCCCAAAACCAGUCCAUCUGCAGCCUAAUGGAGCUCUUGGAGCUGGCCAAGGGUAAUGCCACGCUGCUGCUCAACCUGCGUGACCCGCCGCGGGAGCACCCCUACCGCGGCAGCUUCCUCAACGUCACGCUGGAGGCCCUGCUGCGCUCGGGCUUCCCCCAGCACCAGGUCCUGUGGCUGCCUGACAGGCAGAGGCCCUUCGUGCAGAAGGUGGCUCCCGGCUUCCAGCAGACAUCGGGCUCCAAGGAGGCAGCUGCCAGCCUGCGGAGAGGCCACAUCCAGCGGCUGAACCUGCGCUACACUCAGGUGUCCCGCCAGGAGCUCAGGGACUAUGCAUCCUGGAACCUGAGCGUGAACCUCUACACGGUCAAUGCCCCGUGGCUCUUCUCCCUGCUGUGGUGCGCGGGGGUCCCGUCUGUCACCUCUGACAACUCCCACACCUUAUCCCAGGUGCCCUCCCCCCUCUGGAUCAUGCCCCCGGACGAGUACUGUCUCAUGUGGGUCACCGCCGACCUGAUCUCCUUCAUCCUGAUCGUUGGCAUCUUCGUGCUCCAGAACUAUCACUUGAUCAGGUGGCGCCUGGGUGGCAUACGGAGCUACAACCCCGAGCAGAUCAUGCUGAGUGCCGCGGUGCACCGGACCAGCCGGGACGUCAGCAUCAUGAAGGAGAAGCUCAUCUUUUCAGAGAUCAGCGACGGCAUGGAGGUCUCCGAUGAGCUCUCUGUAUGUUCGGACAACAGUUAUGACACAUAUGCCAACAGCACCACCUCCCCUAUGGGCCCCCAAGGGAGCGGCAGCCGCGCCACGACCCUCACAGAGCGGAGUGGGCGUUAGCUGAAGACCCGUCUGUCCAGCCUGUGCCUCAUGUGGAGACCGGGGAAGCCCACAGAGCUGGCAGGAGCAUGCUCUGGGAGCUGGCGCCCCAGUCUCCUUGUUGGCUCCAGCCCCUUGUCAGCCAUGGCCUCUCUUGGAGGGGGCUCCCCUCGCCAGCCUCUCACAUGCCCCUGCGGGCCUGGGGCUCCUUUUUCUGGGAAGUCUGGGGCUCGGGGCUCGGGGCCUGGUCCACUCCCGGAGGCCCUCCCUUGCAUCCUGACCUGGAAGUUUGAAGGGUCACUGGGCCGUGCCAUGCCCCCUGCGGCAGUGGAGGAUGUGGAGCCUGCGUGUGCCCACGUGUGUCUGUCCUCCUGUCUGUGCUGUGAGGAAACCACCUUCUCUGUGGUUCUCCUGCCUCAAGGGCCUGCGCUAGGCCUCUGCCCCAGCACCUCUGCUCUUCCAUCAGCCUCAAAGCACAAGGAAGCUUGGCCCAGGAGCAACGCCUGCUACAGUGGUGGAGACACUCCUCCCCUGCCAGCCUCCUGCUGCCGCUGGCCCUGCCCCGGGAGAGAGUCUGAGCCAUAUCCCCUAGGAGCAGCUGGAGAUGGCAAGAGCAGGCUCGGGGCUGCUGGAUCCACACCCAGGAGAUGCACAGACUGACAUGGCUGUUGGAUCCACACCCAGGAGAUGCACAGACUGACAUGACCUCAGGUUCCCACGUCAGUGGCCAAGGGCAGGGGCCACCUGGGAAAAGUGUUCAGGCAUGGUCAGGGGUGGGUAUAUGGCCAAGGAGGCCUUCAGCGGAGGGAGCCUGAGGGGCCUUGGCCAAGAUGAUUAAAGCUGCCAUCUUGA